UGUACUUAAGUGUGUAUUUAAAGUGGGUUGUGAUCUUUAACAGCCAAUAUUAGGCAGCCUUUACUAGCUUAAGUUUCAGUACAUUGUGUAUAAUACUGAAAACUGUGCCUGUCGAUUCGCAACACAUUCUGGUUUUGAUAUCACAAAUUGUAUUUCAUAAAAGUAGUCAAAAUAAUAGCGAAAACACUACUAUUUAAUAGAAGACAGUUCUCAACGCCUUUUGAGCAUGGCAACUUUUGUAGAUUCAGUUCAUAAAUCUUCAGAUUCAGUGAAGGACUAUUUGUGUGACCCUUGUGAAAGUAAAAAUAUAGAAGCCAGUGCUGCAAUUUUUUGUGAAACAUGUUUGAGGUGUUUUUGUGAAAAAUGCAUUCAUUAUCAUGAUCAAAUAUUUGUAAACCAUUUGAAAUAUGGAAGAGGGGAAACAAAUAAAUGGCCUUUAACAAAGACCACGGAGGAUUUGCUCCUGAAAUGUGACCUUCACAACAACAAGAAACUGAAAAUGUUUUGCCAAGACCACAGUCAGCUGUGCUGCUCUGAUUGUGUUUUACUGAAUCACAGGUAAGUAAAACAGGGAACUAAGCCAAGACCACAGUCAGCUGUGCUGCUCUGAUUGUGUUUUACUGAAUCACAGACAAUGUAGCAAUGUGGCUCUAAUUUCUGAAUCAGCCAAAAAGCUGCCAGUUGAUAUGAAGCUGUUGUCAAUCAAAAUUCAAACAAUUCUUGCUGAAAUAAAUAAUUUAAAGAGAACACAAGAGGACAGCCUACAGUCCGUGGAGGGAUCAUAUGGUAAAAAACUGCAAGAAAUCAGAGACCUGCGUAAGAAUUUAAAUGCUGCCUUGGAUGCACUAGAAAAAACUACUUUGAAAGAAUUGGAUGAAAUAAGGACCAAAUUGCAAGUCUCUCUUAAGAAAGAUGUUGACAACUGCAGCAGACUGAAAGAUGAACUCCAACAACUCAGUGAAGCUGUACAGGGCCUUUGUGAUAAGAGCAAGAAAGAAAUGGAGUUCAUAGCCAGCAGGAAAUGUCUGGACAAAAUACACGAGUCUGAGACAUAUCUAAGAGAAAACCCUGUGAAGGUUCAGAGUUCACUAAUAUUCCAAGCAAACACUGACAUUGAGCUGUACCUGUCUCAACAGUCUAGUCUAGGGAGGAUUGUAGACAGUAUGCAGUAUCUCACACUCAAAAUGAUUCUCGAUAAGGUGAUGAAUGUGAAGAGGAAGUCCGAGUAUAAUGUGAAAAUACCAAGUGACCCAAGUCAGACUUGCGAUAUUGAAGGCAUUUGCAGCCUGCCUAGUGGUCAGGUCAUUGUUGCAGAUUACAAUAAUAAGAAGGUGAAACUGUUGGACAAAAGUUACAAUGUGUCCGGUUACUGUGAUGUGUCUGGUUGCCCAUAUGACAUUUGCCAAAUCACAUCCAGUGAGGUGGCUGUAACAACAUCUCCUUAUGGUGCAGGUGUUGUGCACUUCAUAUCUGUGAGCAAUGGUCAGCUGGUGACUGGGAGGAAGUUACAGUUACAACAUGAUGCUGUUGGCAUUGCCCAUCACCUGGGAGCAUUGUACAUCACCUCUUUCACUGCUCUCUACCACUACAAUAUGACUGGGACACUUGUGAAAAAGCUGUAUGAGGAUACAGGAGGUGCAAAUGCAGUGUUCAAAUGUGCAGUUAGUCCUGAUGGUGAACGCAUCUUUGUCAUUAACCACACAAACCACAAGCUCCUCACACUGGCCAAAGAUGGAGCCGUAUUGUCGGCUUUUACUGACUCUGAUCUACAGAAUCCACGUGGUCUAAAUGUCACACCUGCUGGACAGGUCCUUGUCUGUGCAUACCGCUCCAAUACUGUGAUACAGGUGGAUCAUGAGGGAAGAAAGAAGCUGGCGACUCUUGUUUCAAAUACAGAUGGAGUGAGAAGACCAUCGUCCAUCUGCUACAAUACCAACACUGACCAGAUCAUUGUGGGAGAAAUGAAUAACAACAAAAUCAUUGUUAUGGACUUGCAAUAGCUCUUCAAGUGGACAGGAACAUAUUGAUAUAAAAAGUAUUAAAAAGUAAUAUUUCAAUUUUUUCUGUGAUUGGUUCAUUAAGUGAUGACAGUUUAUAUCUAGGUAAGAAGAAGAGCAUAUUCAUAGAGUUUUUCUUUCAUAAUUAACAAGUUAAUUAACUGUUUUUGAAAAUAAAAUAUUUUAAUGCACGUUUGUAUGUAAGCCCCAAUUAACACAAGCAAAUUCGUUGAAUUGAUAUCCCCCGCCAAUAUGCUUCUGGACACAAAACGUUUUCUGGACGGAUGGACAACGCCCUUUGAGCUCAAUGCAUGACCUUGACCUUAGUCCCUAGGAUUAUGGGUGUUGAAUGUGAAGCACCCCCAGAUGAUUGAGAAUAACUAUGGCAAGUUUCAUGACUCUGGCUCAUGUGUUAAUGGAGAUAAAGCUCUAAGCUUAUAUUCAAAAGCAUUUUUUCAAGAUACAAAUGGCAAUAACUCCGUUAAUGACAGAUGGUGUACAAUGCCAUUCGGCGUGCAUCAUCCUGUUAUCCAUAUAUAUACCCAUACCAAGUUUCAAUGAUAUCCACCAAAGCACUUCCAAGAUAUGGCUCCGGACAGACAACGCCAAAACAAUAUCCCUCCGCCUAUGGCGGGGGAUAAGGCGGGGGAUAACAAGCACGUAUGACAUCUAUCUAUGCUGAUGCUGAUUGGUAAUUAGUCCCCUACCUAUUUCACCGGAGGGGACUUAUUGUUUUGUCUCCGUCAGUCCGUCACACUUUUCUGGAUCCUGCGAUAACUUUAAAAGUUCUUAAUAUUUUUUCAUGAAACUUGUCACAUGGAUAGAUGGCAAUAUGGACAUUAUGCACAUCAUUUUAUUUCGUUCCUACGUCAAAAACCUGGUUGCUAUGGCAACAAAUAGACUAGACAUACUGCUGAAAAUGGUGUUUUUUCUGGAUCCUGCGAUAACUUUUAAAGUUCUUAAUAUUUUUUCAUGAAACUUGUAAAAAUGGAUAGAUGGCAAUAUGGACAUUAUGCACGUCAUUUCAUUUCAUUCUGACGUAAAAAAUUCUGGUUGCUAUGGCAACAAAUAGACUAGACAUACUGCUAAAAAUGGUGGUUUUCUGGAUCCUGCAAUAACUUUUAAAGUUCUUAAUAUUUUUUCAUGUAACUUGAAACAUGGAUAGAUGGCAAUAUGGACAUUAUGCACGUCAUGUCAUUUUGUUCCGACGUCAAAAAUUCUGAUUGCUAUGGCAACAAAUAGACUAGAAAUACUGCUGAAAAUGGUGGUUUUCUGGAUCCUGCAAUAAUUAACUGUUAAAGUUCUUAAUAUUUUUUCAUGAAACUUGAAACAUGGAUAGAUGGCAAUAUGGACAUUAUGCACGUCAUGUCAUUUUGUUCCUAAAUAAAAAAAUUUGGUUGCUAUGGCAACAAAUAUAUAUAUAAAAAAAAUCUGGAAUUUCUGACAAUGGUGGAGCCAGUAGGGGACUUAUAUUGCUUGACAAUAGUCUAAUUUUGUCUGGCUUUAUGCCAGGUGUUGUUUGUCACAAAACAAUUGCUAUAAUUACAGUAACAUAUAAUUUAUGAUAUAUAAUUAUUGCGAUCUAUUAAUAUUCGAGUAUUUGUGCCAUUUUGGUAUAUAUGCGCCAAUGAUAGCCUAUUGAAGUCAUUAUUCUACAAAGCUAAUGUUUUAGAAGAAGAAUACUCUGGAAUUCAAUAAAUUGUUACAAUUAGUUGGACACAUUUCUUGACAAUUUAAUGACUUCAGGCUUACAUUUGUAAUGUACAAGUGAAUCAAAAUAUUGAGGUUUAUUUUAUCACUUAAGUAAUACUAUGUACAAUUGUUUUUUGUUGCUGUUGCUUUCUUAAUUUUGAUGUCAAAUCCAAGGCAAACUAAAUAUUAAUUGUGGCAGUAAAGUUGUGUUCAUUUUUUGUAAAAUAUAUAUUCAUUGCAGAUAUAAUUCUCAAAUUAAUACAAAAUUAUACUUUGUGGAUAAGAAAUAACAUAUAUAACUAAAAAUGCAAUGGUUAAAUGGUGGUUAGUGUUAUGAAUUAUUAUAAUUGGGGUUAUGAAUUAUUAUAAUGAAAAAUGAAAAAAAUACAUUUUCAUUUGAAACCAUAUAAUUGCUGUUUUUAAGAUUAUACUUAUUAUAUCUCAAAAUUUCAAUAAUUUGUCUAAUUGUUAUCAAUAUUUGUUGAAAUGAACUGUUAAAUGGUAAACGUAUUUUGUAUAUUUACUUACAAUUAAGCACUUCAAAAAUGGCUGUAGCAAAAAAAAUAAUUGUGGUGAUCAUUAAAUUU